AUGUGGAAAUUUCAAAGAAAACUAAUAAGUCAACAAUUUCAAGGAAAAAAAUUUAGAAAUCUGGCUUAUGCAGCUGUAAUUCGACAAUCUGAAAUCGCAAUAAAUAUUUUAAAAAAGCAUGCAGAUAGUGGAAAACCAAUUGAUUUACAAGACUUAUUUAUGAGAUUUACUAUGGAUACUUUUGGAGAUUUGUCAUUUGGUGUAGAUUUUGGAUGUCUAACCCAUAUUGGUGAAGAAUCGAAAUUUGUUACUAGUUUGGAAUAUAUUCAAACAGUAAUAAAUUGGAGAACGUUUCAACCUUUCUGGAAAUUAAUAGAAAAAUAUAGUGAAAAAGGUCAACGAAUACGUGAAGCUUGUAAAUGUAUUGAUGACUAUGUAUAUAAUAUGAUAAAUAGUCAUAGAUCCAAGCUUGAAGUUGAGAAUAAACCAGUUAACAAUAUGUUAACUUUGCUUAUGGAUGCUGUCGAUGAUGAUGGUAAAAAAUUUAGUGAUAAAGAGUUGAGUGAUGUUGUAAUGAGUCUUAUUGUUGCUGACUCAUUGCUUCAAGAAAUUAAUUCAUUUCUCUCUUCAGAAAGGUCUAUUCCAUUAUGUGAUGAUAUUAAUUUAUUUAAAUAUACAACAGCUACAUUUUAUGAAACCAUUCGAUUAUACCCUGUUGUUCCAGUAAAUGGAAAGGUCUGUAUUAAGGAUACUGUUCUACCUAAUAAUAUUCCAAUUUUUGCUGGAGAACUUGUGGAAUAUAAUCUCUAUAUAAUGGGUAGAGAUGAAAAAAUAUGGGGAAAAGACGCAAAACAAUUUAAUCCUAAAAGAUUUUUAAAUUCAGAGGAUGGUUUAAGACCAAAUAGAUUCAAGUUUGCUUCUUUUAAUGCAGGGCCUAGAAAACAAUUUGCAACUUUGGAAGCAGUGAUACUUAUAAUGAUGCUAUUGAAAGAAUUUAAAUUUGAAUUAGCAACUGGGCAAAAAUCACCACCGGAGUAUAAAGAUUCUAUGUUUUUAGAGAUGAAGGAUCCUUUUAUGGCUAAAGUAUCUUAUAGAACUAAAAAAAAUUCAUAA